UUCCGUAAGGUCCUCUCGCAGAACUUUCUGUGUUCUCGCUCUCUCUCUCUCUCUCUGUCACUCUACCAUCUCUCAUGGCGGAUCAGCUUCUCUCCACCGCAACACACCACCAUACCCUUCCAGAGAACUACGUAAGACCAGAGUCUCAAAGACCUCGCCUCACACAAGUGAUCACCGACGCAAGCAUCCCCAUCAUCGAUCUCGGCUCCCCCGACAAGGCCCAGAUCAUCUCUCGGAUAGGCCAAGCCUGCCAAUCCUACGGCUUCUUCCAGGUUGUGAACCAUGGAAUUGACACUGAACUGAUGGUGAAGAUGAUGACUACUGGUCUGGAGUUCUUCCGUCUUCCUUCCGAGGAGAAGGCGAAGCUAUAUUCUGAUGACCCGUCGAAGAAAAUUAGACUUUCGACGAGCUUUAAUGUAAAAAAGGAGUUGGUUCACAAUUGGAGGGAUUACCUCCGGCUUCACUGCUAUCCUCUCGAGGAGUAUGUUCCCGGUUGGCCUUCUAAUCCCUCCUCAUUUAAGGAAGUGGUUAGCACUUACUGUCAGCAAGUUCGUGGACUGGGAUUCCGACUCCUUGGAGCAAUAUCAUUGAGCUUAGGUCUGGAGGAGGACUUCAUCGAGAGGGCGCUGGGCGAGCAAGAGCAACAUAUGGCCAUCAACUACUACCCGAAGUGCCCGGAACCUGAGCUCACAUAUGGCCUGCCGGCCCACACUGAUCCAAAUGCCCUCACUGUUCUUCUCCAGGAUUCUGAUGUGGCUGGCUUGCAGGUUCUUAGGGACGGCAAAUGGAUGGCAGUGGAUCCCAAGCCAAGCGCGUUGGUCAUCAACAUCGGUGACCAGCUACAGGCAUUAAGCAACGGUAGGUACAACAGCGUUUGGCAUCGAGCUGUCGUCAACUCGAACAAGGAAAGGAUGUCUGUGGCAUCCUUCCUCUGUCCUUGCAACAACGUGAUCAUUAGCCCUCCGGAGGAGCUCGUCAGCGAGGGAUCUCCAGCCACUUAUAGGCGCUACACAUACGACGAGUACUACAAGAAGUUUUGGAGCAGAAACUUGGACGGCGAACACUGCCUGGAGCUUUUCAAAAGGGAGAAAGCAUUUUAGGUGGACUGUGCCGCCUGCAACAUCUCAACGUGACGUAGUCACCACUCAUCAGGUGGCGCUGACGACGGUGUUCGUUGGCGACACAGUCUACCCAAAUACCUGAGCGCUUUCGUUGUAUCCAUCAUGUAGUCCACGAACGCGCUGUUUUAGUGGUGGGGGGUUUACUUUUGACUAUGUUAUCUGUUACACUGAACUGCUCACAUCCCUUGUACCAUUGUUUUCUCUUGAACUAGUCUUAUCUAUUUCACCGAAUUUUCCUGUUCCAA